AUGGCGGAGGAACAGAAGUGCCGUAGUGCCGAGCCAGACCCCAACCGUAAGACAGUUGCGACUGCAGAACCGACGAGGCCCCCAGCUCAGACCUCUGAGAUCGCUGCUGAGUCAUCGGAACCUGAGGACUACGACAGCAAGUGUGUGUUCUGCCGGAUCGCGCGGGGGCAGGAACCAAGCACCGAACUUCUGCAUUGUGAGGUGGGCUGUGAUGCGUGGCCAGGGAUGGGUUUCCAUAUGCCGCCAUUCUGUUCCAUUUCUCACUUACACCUUCAUGUUAUAGCACCAGUGAAUCAGCUUGCCUUCUUCUCAAAAUUGAUUUACAGAGCCAAUUCCUACUGGUUUAUAACAGCUGAUUGUUUGAUUGAAAAACUAAGAACAUGA